AUGGUAGCUGCUCUCACGGCCCUCCGCUUCGGCGGUAGGCAUCUCGCUGCCCGCCAGACUCAAGCCGCAGCUCUGCUACGAACCACUCCUCGCCAGCUGUCGCCGCUGACUGCCUGUCGCCAAUGCCUCCGCUCUGCUACCUCUCGUACCUACCGUGGUACCGCCGGUGUCUACCGCAGCGUCCACUCCAGCGCCGCUGGUGGUGCGACUGAUAUCCAACAGCCACUAGACAGCUUCCCCCGUCGACACAUUGGGCCCUCGCAGUCGUCUGCUGAGGAGAUGCUGAGCGUGCUGGAUCCUCCGGCAAAAACCCUCGACGAGUUCGUGCAUCAGGUGCUGCCAGCAGAUAUCCUCUCGGCUAAAGAGCUCGGCCUAGCGGACCCGAAGGAGACCGCCACUAAAUUGCCGCGGGACGGCCUGCACGGCGGCCUGGGCGAGUCGGACAUGAUCAAACUGUUUGAGGCGUACAAGAAGGACAUCGAUACUACCGGUCGGUCACACAUUGGAUGCGGAUACUAUGGCACCAUCGUUCCCCCAGUCAUCCAGCGGAACGUCCUUGAGAACCCCAUCUGGUACACCAGCUACACUCCUUACCAGCCCGAGAUCAGUCAGGGCCGUCUUGAGUCUCUGCUCAACUUCCAGACCCUUACCUCUGACCUCACCGGUCUACCUGUUGCCAAUGCCUCCGUUCUCGACGAAGCUACUGCCGCCGCAGAGGCCAUGACCAUGUCCUGGGCUGCCCUCCCGGCUAGCAAACAAAAGCAGGCCGGAAAGGCCUUCGUUGCCUCCCACCUAUGCCACCCGCAGACUCUUGCUGUCAUGAAGUCUCGUGCCCAGGGAUUCGGUAUCAACCUGGUUGUUGGUGACAUUAUGGCCGAUGACUUCAAGCUUGUCAAAGAUCAGGGAGACAAGUUGAUCGGUGUUCUGGCUCAGUACCCCGAUACUGAGGGUGGUGUCUACGACUUCCAGGCUCUUGGAAACCAGAUUCACGAGCAGGGAGCUAUGUUCAGUGUUGCUACUGAUCUGCUUGCUUUGACUGUCCUCAAGGCCCCCGGAGAGUUUGGUGCUGACAUUGCCUUCGGUAACUCCCAGCGGUUCGGUGUUCCCAUGGGCUUUGGUGGCCCUCAGGCUGCCUUCUUUGCCUGCACUGAGAAGAACAAGCGAAAGAUCCCCGGCCGCAUCGUCGGCGUCUCCAAGGACAGACUAGGAAACCGUGCCUUGCGUCUUGCCCUCCAGACUCGUGAGCAGCAUAUCCGUCGUGAGAAGGCUACCAGCAACAUCUGUACUGCCCAGGCACUUCUUGCAAACAUGUCGGCCUUCUACGCAGUGUACCACGGGCCCAAGGGCCUCAAGGCUAUUGCCGAGCGUACCAUGUCUCUCACUGCUUUGCUAAAGGCCAAAUUGGUUGCUCUUGGCUUCAACGUUCCUACCAGAGGCAACGCUGGGGGCGAAGGUGUCGCUUUCGACACUCUUGUCAUUGACACCAGCUCUCAAGCCGAAGCCGACUCUCUCAUGGACGCAGCGCUCGCUUCUUCUCUCUACCUCAGACGAGUUGGCUCCUCCAAGGUUGGUGUCUCCCUCGACGAGACCAUGGGAGUGAGUGACGUCGAGAAGUUGCUCUCGGUGUUUGUCAAGUUCUCUCCCUACCAAGGCGCCGAAACCAUCGACCUGUCCAAGGAUGUUCAGCCAGUUGAGAUCCCUGAGGCCGUCAAGCGAACCUCAUCUUAUCUUACCCACCCAGUCUUCAACAGCCACCAUUCUGAGACCGAGAUGCUUCGAUACAUCCAGCACCUUGGAUCCAAGGAUCUCUCCCUUGCUCACUCCAUGAUCUCUCUCGGCUCUUGCACUAUGAAGCUUAACGCCACCACUGAAAUGCUGCCCAUUACCUGGCCUGAGUUCUCCUCCAUCCAUCCUUUCACUCCCACUGCCUCAGUCAAGGGCUACAUCGAUAUGAUCGAGGAUCUUGAGAAACAAUUGGCCAACAUCACCGGUAUGGCCGAGGUUACCAUCCAGCCCAACUCUGGUGCCCAGGGUGAAUUUGCCGGAUUGAAGGCCAUCAAGAAAUACCACGACAGCAACGGCCAGCCCGGAAAGCGUAACAUCUGCUUGAUCCCAGUUUCUGCCCACGGAACUAACCCAGCCAGUGCUGCCAUGGCCGGAAUGCGCGUCGUCCCCGUCAAAUGCGACACUGCAACCGGCAACCUCGACGUUGCUGACCUUCGUGCUAAGUGUGAGAAGCAUAAGGAUGAACUCGGUGCCAUCAUGAUCACAUACCCUAGCACAUACGGUGUGUUUGAGCCCAGCAUCAAGGAGGUCUGCCAGGUUGUCCAUCAAUACGGUGGCCAAGUCUACAUGGACGGCGCCAACAUGAACGCCCAGAUCGGUCUUUGCUCGCCGGGUGAAAUCGGCGCUGAUGUCUGCCAUCUCAACCUCCACAAGACCUUCUGUAUCCCCCACGGUGGCGGUGGUCCUGGUGUUGGUCCCAUCGGCGUUGCAGAGCACCUCCGUCCAUUCCUCCCUUCGCAUCCUCUCAAUGACCACUUGCUUGCCAAGCGACCUGCAUCUGUAGACUCUCCCCCCAUCAGCGCUGCACCCUUCGGCAGCGCAAGCAUCCUUCCCAUCACUUUGGCAUACAUCAACAUGAUGGGCGCCAGAGGCCUCACCCACGCAACUAAGGUUACCCUGCUCAACGCCAACUAUAUUCUCUCCAGACUAAAGCCUCAUUUCCCCAUCCUGUACACCAAUGCCAACGGCCGAUGCGCUCACGAGUUCAUCCUCGAUGUCCGCCAGUUCAAGGCCAGCGCGGGAGUUGAAGCCAUCGACAUCGCCAAGCGACUACAGGACUACGGCUUCCAUUCGCCAACCAUGUCGUUCCCAGUUGCCAACACUCUCAUGAUUGAGCCUACCGAGUCCGAGAGCAAGGCUGAGCUCGACCGCUUCUGCGAUGCCCUCAUCUCCAUCCGUGGCGAGAUCGCUGCCAUUGAACGAGGCGAACAGCCAAAGGAGAAUAACGUUCUUAAGCUCGCUCCUCACACCCAGAGAGAUCUGCUCACCACAGAGUGGGACCGUCCAUACACCAGAGAGGCCGCUGCAUAUCCUCUCCCUUGGCUACUAGAGAAGAAAUUCUGGCCCACAGUUGCAAGAGUUGACGAUGCAUUCGGUGACCAAAAUCUAUUCUGCACCUGCGGACCUGUGGAAGACGCCACCGACUAG